AUGGCGCGGGGCUCCAGAAAGAAGAAGAGGGACACGAGGAGGAUGGCGCGCGGCCGAGUGUCCGACCUCCCUGACGACCUUCUUGUCGAGAUCCUCUCGCGCUUGCCCUACAAGUCCACCCGUUGUUGCAAGUGCGUCUCCACGCGCUGGCGCGAUCUCAUCUCCCACCCCGACCACCGCAAGAAGCUUUCUCAGUCGACCCUCGCCGGCUUCUUCUUUGAAACAUGGGACACAAAAAAGGUUUCCCGUCGUUACCAAAGCGUCUCCGGGAACUGGCACCCUCCCAUCAACUCCUCCCUCUCGUUCCUGCCCCGAUGCGAGAAACUCCGCAUAUUGGACUGCUGCAAUGGCCUCCUCCUCUGUAAGUGCUGGCAGGACACUGAUCGCAAGAUACUGGAUUACGUGGUGUGCAAUCCGGCCACUGAGAAGUGGGUGGUCGUGCCUGCCACAAAUUGGUCCAGCCAGUUGUACAAAGCUCGCCUGGGGUUCGAUCCAGUGGUCUCAUCACACUUCCAUGUUUUUGAGUUCGUACCAAGCGUCCCAUUUGGCAGCCCACAACCGUUGACUCAUUCUUCUUGCCCCCAAAACGACUCAUGA